AUGGAGGAGGAAAAGGAGAAGGAGGAGCAGAACACAGACAUGGCAGACUCUAGUGGGCUGAUGCUGCUCAUGACAGUCGGUAUAGCCGCUGAUGCCCCUUACAUAGAUCAGCACUUCUGCAGGAGGGCCACAAGCAAAUGUAAAUAUGGUAAAGGGACUCUACCCUCUAUGGGGAUAUAUGAUUUAGAGUGUGUUCAGGGGGUAGAGGUGUCGAUCAUCCCGCUGUACGCAGCCGUGGCGGUGGUGGGCAUGGUGGGGAACUGCUUGCUGGUGCACGUCAUUGUGAAGAAGAUGCACAAUGUCACUAACUUCCUGAUCGGGAACUUGGCCCUGUCAGACGUGGCCAUGUGCGCCACCUGCAUCCCACUCACCCUGGCCUACAUCUUCAAGCCCCGCGGCUGGAUCUUCGGCAGCACCAGGUGCUACUUCAUCUUCUUCAUGUAGCCUGUCACCGCCUACGUGUCUGUCUUCACUCUGGCCACCAUUGUUGUGGACCAUUACAUUGCCAUUGUGCAUCCACUGCGGCGCCGCAUCUCGCUGCAGCUGGGUGCCUACGUGGUGCUCUUCAUCUGGAUCCUUUCUGGCUGCCUGGCACUGCCAGCCAUGGCUCACACCUACUACGUGGAACUCAGCCAGCAGGAGAUCACUCUGUGCGAGGAGUUCUGGGGGGAACAAGAGCACCAGCGUCAGACCUAUGUGCUCUUCCUGCUGCUUAUCACCUACCUCUGCCCCCUGCUAGCCAUCCUGGUCUCCUACACCAAGAUCUCCCUCAAGCCCAAGAACAGGGUCAUGCCUGGUACUAUCACUCAGAUUCAGGCCAACUGGGACAGAGCCAGGCACAAGAGGACCUUCUGCCUGCUGGUUGUAGUAGGGGUGGUCUUUGGGGUGUGCUGGCUGCCCUUACAUACCUUCAACCUCAUCCGGGACAUCAACAUCAAUGCCAUGGAUGCCUAUUAUUUUAGCCUUGUCCAGCUGCUGUGCCACUGGAUUGCUAUGAGCUCUGCCUGCUACAACCCCUUCAUAUAUGCCUGGCUGCAUGAUAGCUUUAGGGAGGAGCUAAAGAAGUUAUUGGUCUGGCACAGAAAAGUGGCUCCUUAUAGGUAAAGCAUGACAGUGAGUGUUGUCCUGACCUGCUGCCCAGCGGCUGCCCAGCGGCUCCUCCUGGAGGGUCACUGA